AUCAAGAGAAAGGUCAAAGAACUCAGUGGCGUCAAGCCACUACGCUCAGACAUGUGUCUCAAUACAUGUAUGGUGUUCACAGGCCAUAACACUGAGCUCACCGCAUGUCUUUGGUGCUAUGAACCUCGUUAUGAUGUGAAGUGGUCUUGUGUUGCAAAGAAAAACAUACCUCAGCUGACAUUUGUCACACUUCCAAUUGGCCCACAGCUACAGGCACUCUACAGAAAUACCGGCCAGGCCCAACACAUGUGA